GAAAUGGAGGUCCGGAGCUCCUCCUCCUCCGUGGGGCGGGUCCAUAUUUACAUCUGAGCCGAGACGAGAUUCCCGGAAGGUCAUUGCUAAAGUGAAGGAUAGAGGAGGAAUACAGAAGCUGGAGGAAACCGCGCGGUUAUUCGCUGUUUAUUGCUGGAAAUCUGUCCUGCGGCACCAUGAGCUCUCAGUCUCUGGAGAAGCUGCGGAUGACCGGGGCUGGGAAAGCCAUCGCCGUGCUGACCAGCGGAGGAGAUGCCCAGGGUAUGAACGCUGCUGUCCGUGCUGUCACUCGGAUGGGUAUAUACGUCGGAGCCAAGGUGUAUCUGAUUUAUGAGGGUUACCAGGGCUUGGUGGAUGGAGGAGACAAUAUUAAACUGGCUCACUGGCACAGUGUGACCAACAUCAUUCAGCUGGGAGGGACAGUAAUAGGCAGUGCACGCUGCAAAGCCUUCACCACACGGGAGGGACGGGUGGCCGCUGCCUUUAACCUGGUGAAACGGGGGAUCACCAAUCUGUGCGUGUGUGGAGGGGACGGCAGCCUCACUGGGGCCAAUAUCUUCAGGAGCGAAUGGAGUGGACUGCUCGCUGAGCUGGUGACAAAAGGCAGGAUCACUCCUGAAACUGCAAAGAAGCAUGAUCACCUGAACAUUGUGGGCCUGGUCGGCUCCAUCGAUAAUGAUUUCUGUGGGACUGACAUGACCAUUGGUGCAGAUUCUGCUCUCCAUCGUAUUAUGGAGAUCGUUGAUGCCAUUACCACCACUGCCAUCAGCCACCAGCGCACGUUUGUUCUGGAGGUGAUGGGCCGACACUGCGGAUAUCUGGCUCUGGUGUCUGCGCUGGCGUCUGGAGCAGACUGGCUCUUUAUUCCCGAGGCUCCCCCGGAGGACGGCUGGGAGGAGGUCAUGUGUGCUCGGCUGGGAGAGAGCCGCAGUGUUGGAUCCAGGCUCAACAUUAUUAUAGUCGCUGAGGGAGCAAUCAAUAAAAAAGGCGAGCCAAUCUCCUCCAGCUACAUCAAAGAUCUUGUGGUGAAGCGGUUGGGAUACGACACCAGGGUAACUGUACUGGGCCACGUACAGAGAGGAGGAACUCCCUCAGCCUUCGAUCGAGUGCUAAGCAGUAAACUGGGAAUGGAGGCAGUGGUGGCAUUGAUGGAGGCGACUCCAGACACCCCCGCCUGCGUGAUCGGUCUCUCGGGCAACCAGACAGUGCGUCUCCCUCUUAUGGAAGCAGUGGAAAUGACUAAGGAGGUACAGAAGGCCAUGAAUGAGAAAAGGUUUGAGGAGGCCAUUCAGCUGCGUGGAAGGAGCUUUGAAAACAACUGGAACAUUUACAAGUUACUGGCUUAUCAGAAACCUGCUCAAGAAAAGAGCAAUUUCUCAGUGGCCAUUCUGAACGUUGGAGCACCUGCAGCAGGUAUGAAUGCAGCAGUGAGGUCUGCAGUGAGGAUGGGGCUGGCUGCGGGACACAGAGUCUACACUGUUAGCGAUGGAUUUGAGGGCCUCGCCAAUGGAGAGGUCAAUGAGGUGUCUUGGCAUAGUGUGGCUGGUUGGACUGGCCAAGGGGGCUCACUUCUAGGGACUAAACGAACUCUUCCCAGUACCUGCAUGGAAAAGUUGGUGGAAAACCUGAACAAGUACAAUAUCCAGUCACUGCUAGUGGUUGGAGGCUUUGAGGCUUAUGAAGGGAUUCUGGAGUUGUUUGAUGCCAGGGGACACUAUGAUGAGCUGUGUAUUCCCAUGUGCAUCAUUCCUGCCACCAUCAGCAACAACGUUCCUGGAACUGAUUUCAGCUUGGGAGCUGAUACUGCUGUUAACGCAGCUAUGGAGAGCUGUGAUAAGAUCAAGCAGUCUGCAACAGGAACAAAGAGGAGGGUCUUUGUGGUGGAGACCAUGGGUGGAUAUUGUGGAUACCUGGCAACCACCACUGGCAUUGCAGUUGGGGCCGAUGCGGCAUAUAUCUAUGAGGAUGCUUUCGAUAUCCAUGAAUUAAAGACAAAUGUCGAGCAUCUGACAGAGAAGAUGAAGAAGGACAUCCAGAGGGGUCUGGUGCUGAGGAAUGAGAAAAGCCAUAAACACUACACCACUGAUUUUAUCUACAACUUGUACUCUGCUGAGGGGAAAGGUGUGUUUGACUGCAGAGUGAAUGUCCUGGGACAUCUCCAACAGGGAGGUGCACCCUCACCUUUUGACAGAAAUUUUGGCACCAAGCUUGGAGUAAGGGCAGUGCAGUGGCUUACAGAGAAGAUGACUGAUACAUACAGACAAGGUCGCGUGUUUGCCAACUCCCCAGACACGGUUUGUGUGGUUGGCUUAAAUAAGAAAGCGCUCACUUAUUGCCCUGUGACCGAGGUGAAGAAGCAGACUGACUUUGAGCACAGAAUGCCCAAAGAACAGUGGUGGCUGGGACUACGAUUGCUGCUCAAGAUGCUGGCCAAAUACCAAACAUCCUUCGACCAGUAUAUCACCGGAGAGAUUGAACAUGUGACCCGUCGCUCUCUCAGUAUAGACCCUGGGUUUUAGACAAUUCAGUAUACUCAGUAGACAGUGUAUUAUAUAUUUGCCCAGCAUACAUUCAUGCCACCUGCAGCCAUCCUCUAACAAGAGGGUUUUUGACCACAAUUCGUGCCUAACUGUGACUGCCUGGAGAUACACUAUAUGUCCAAAUGACUACAGACACCUGCCUCUACCAAGAUUCCUGUCAAAACCAGUUUUCUAACGUAGCCUAGAUGCUUACACAAGAUGCUUAGAAAAGCAGAAACUUUGCUAUAAGAAUUUGAUUGCAUUCUGCCACAAGAGCCUUAGUGAGGACACGUGUUUAUCUGAUGUUGAAUGAUCUGUUGUGGAUCACAGACUUCACUCCAAAUUAUACCAAAGGUAUCUAUCUGAUCUGUUCCAGUGCUGGGGAGAUUUGUACAUACACCUCUAGCUGACACUUUGGCUUUGUUAUGGUGAUCUCUUCAUCAUGUGCAGCUGGUUUAAAAUAUGUAAUUCUAUGGUCAUUGCUUCUCAAUGAAAAUAACAAAAAAGUCAACAUUAAAUGCAACACGACACAAAAAGCCAUACAGUUACCAUUAAAGUAUAUUAAUUCACUAAUUAUAUAAAUAAAAGGUGUCUAGAUUACUUUAUAUAUAAUAUAGCGUAGCUUUAAACUCUGUGGCCUUCCUAAUGGGAUGCUGCAGCUCCAUAAUUGGUGCUCAGUUUACAUCAGGGAACAAGACUAGAACCGUCCAUACAGUGUAUAAAUUAGGACAUGUCUGGCAACUUGGCAUGUUCUGUGGAUAUAUGAGUGUUACUGCCACACACUGCCAAGGAAGUAAAUCUAUUAUUAAAACUACUAAAACUAAAGAAGUAGACUUGUUAACUAGGGAUGUGCAUGGACAUUCAAUCAAGUGUUUGCUUUACCAUUUAUGGUG